UGUUUACUUUUCAGCCACGCCACUUCCGGAAGCUGCAGCAUGUGGACUGAAAAUGUUGUGUUGACUUUGACGUUUUUCGUCUCUUUCUGGUCUGUUGGUCUAAACGAAGAACUGCCUAAAGUGAUAAAUUUUGAUGUUAAACCGGGCGGGAAGCCACAAAUAUUUGAAGAGAGCUGGGGUGAAUUUAUUUGUACUUUUGCAUAUUCCUGUCAAGGAGGCACUAAAGAGUCAUGGGUGAUGACUUUAGAGAAAUCCUCUGACAAAACCUCCCUUUCCUGUUCUGUGGAAAGACCCUCUGCAACAUCAUACCUUUUCUUUGAAAAAUUCAACUUGCAUAUCUCUGGAGGAAAAGUUACAUCUGGAGAAGCUUUUGGUAAUGGCAAAGUGCCACUGAGACCAGGGGAGUUGGAAGUCAACACUCAAAAAAAUGAAGUGAAACAUGUAGAUGGCAAAUUCCAGUCACAGCUGACCAAGGUAGCCGUUCAUGCCACACUGGGCAAGUCAGAACUUUGAUUUCUACCCCUCAGUACCACAAAGACACGAUACAUUCCCAUCCUGUUUCAGAAGAAAUAUCAACAGUUGAAGAAAGUUAUCAGAGACAUCAUGAAUGCCUAAUUAAAUGAAUGGAGUACUUUAUGAAAUUUUUAACUUUGUCCUUGGAGGAUAAACUUGCAAAUGUGGACAAGAGAAAAAGGUUGCUACUCUACUACUUUUUCUGGACUGCUUACUAGAGUUUGCUUUAGUUUUAUGUGUUUGUUAUUUGUUUGUCUACAGUUAUGUCUACAGAUGUACAGUAGUUUACAUUAUUUCAGUGCAUGGAUGCUUUUUCUAAUCAUUAGAUGGGAUAUUGUUAAUUGGCAAGAAUAUAAGAAUUCAUUAUGUUUGUUUGCUUUUUCGUUUAUGGAAAGUUGGAAUGAGUAUUAUUUUGCCAAAGACUAUUCUAUCUAAAUUAUAUUUGAAGUUGUCUCAACUUAAUGAAAUUAUGGUACAUAUUUUUUAAAGAUGUGUAUAUUUCUAUGCAAAUUGUUACAGUUUUAAUUUUCUCUUAACUGCACUGUUAACUCAUUUAGAGCUUUAAUGAAUUAUGGGAUUUUCUGUAUUUUUGUUACCACUGGACAUUGACAUUAUAAACAGGAAUGUUUUAGAUGUUGAUUCUGUUUUGAGUUAUUACUGCAUUAGCCACAAAGAGGUAAUUUAUUUUCUCCUAACUACUUAAAAUGAAAAUUAAAUGUAAAUCAGUUAUAUUUGGUAGGUAUUCAGGAAAGUCAAGUAUUUUUAGGGAACAAUUUAGUCUGUACCUAACAAUUUUCCUAUAUAUAACAGAGUUGUGUUUGUUAAUAUGAAUAUUCUUUUUGUUGAUAUAAUACAAAAAGUUGGUAUUGGAUGGUUACCUUUAUAACCAACACGGCGAAUCCUGUAACAACGAAAAUAUAAUAGUAUUUUGAUAACA